UUGAAAGUUCAAAAUGGCGACGAGCGCAACAGUGCACUAUGUUGGUCAAAAGGUUUCUAAGGUUAGAUGGAGACCUUCGACCCAUCUUAAACGGUCAACUGUUUUCGCCAGUGGUGGUUGGGACAACAAUGUGAAUAAUUUGUGUUUAUGGAGUACAGAAGAUCUACAAAGUGAUGGUAAUGCAAUGUCAAUCGACAGCAACCUGGCUGAUGAACCCCAGUUGAUUUGUGCAGUUGAACAUGAAGGGAGUGUCACAGAUAUUAAGUAUACGGAUAGUGAGAGGAUAUUAACGGCAUCCUCAAAUGGCAAUGUUACGUUGCACAAACAUGACAGUGCAAGAGGGAGCUUGUCACAGUUCCAUAGUUGGCAUGGGAUUCAUCAUUACAACGAAACAUCAAGUUGUUCAUGUACAUCUUUGGCCACCAACACAAAUCUGCCUGAUUUUGUGAGUGUCGGAGAGGAUGGUAGAAUUGUUGUAUUGAGGAUGGACCAUCAGAAACCUGUCAGGAAUAUAGAGUCUGCUGAUUGUACAACCAUAUCUGCGGUCACCUUUGUGAAAUCAUAUGAAAUUGCAACAGUGAACUUUAUUGGGCAACUCAAGGUUUGGGAUCUGAGGCAAAAGGAAGUGAAACCUGUCCGUGCCAUGCUUCUAAGUGGGGACCGUGUUCCUUUGUUGUGCAUUGAUAAACACCCAACACAACCACAUUUGAUUGUCACUGGAGGUCAAGAUGGUGUCCUUGGGCUAUGGGACAUGAGACAAGAAAGAUAUCCAGUCACACUAUUAGAAGCACACUCUGCUGAAAUUUGGGAAGUAAAGUUCUAUACUUCCAACCCAGACCAUUUGUUCACAUGCUCUCAAGACGGUGCUGUGUGGCAAUGGAAUGGCUCAUCCAUGAAGACCCCGUCAUUGAAUAUCAGUCGAAUACUCAAACCAAAUGCCCCAGAUGUAGAGGAUGGUGUAGAUUCAAGCAAUACGCCCACGCCGUGGUUGUCGGCAGAUGCGAGCAAACAUAAAAUUGAAACUUUUUCCCUGUUGCCUUACAAUCGUUCAGCAGUGAACUCUUUAGAUGUAACAGGGCAGAACUUAGUUUGUGGGACAGACGGAGAAGCUGUGUAUGUUCUUGAGAAUUUAGAUUUAGAUGCGUGAUAUAGUUUACAAACUUAUUAAAGGUGCAAAAUUUUUGCAUGGAUGAAAA